AUGGCAGCCGUGUUCGAGGCGGAAAGGCCUUGGUACAAGGAUGGAACGCCCUCAUCCAUAACAUCGAGUGCAUUGGCCGUGAGUCCUGGCUCGUUUUACUUGAUGCAGCUCGCAUCAGGUUGCCUGGAGAAUGCGAAUCGUGCCCCUGUAGAGGCCUACCUCCCUAAUGAUCCCUACUUGACGGAGCGCACCUCUUCUGAGAUGGCCGAAGGGAUUGACACUUUGCAAUCCCUGUACUCGCGUUUGGGGAGGUCGUUUUCCGACGGCCCUUCUUCGAACGCAGCGGGUUAUUCUCGUCAUACUGCUCGAAAAGACCAAAUACAUCAAAAGUCAGCUGGGCACGAGGCUCCCAGCUGUGGCACGCCGCUUGUUGUUCAAGAGCUGAACCGUGUAACGGAACAGCUGAAAGAUGACCUGGCUCAUGAACGAACUCGGCGUUAUGGCCUUGAGGAUGUCGUAAGGGAUGAUUACAGUUCCUUUACGCACGAUCGUUCGGACGAUCGUGCCGCGUUUUCCUUCGUACAACUUGAGAACGAACGUUCGACUCGUUUUCUUCGUGACGAGCUGGCUGCAGCUCGUCAGGACAUCGCUCAACUGCGUGAGCAGGUCGCUUCGCUAGUCGACCAGACUAACUCGUUGAAACGGGACCACUCGAAGGAGGUCUCGGCCCUUGACCGCGGAGGUGUUCUUCGCCUCUCGAAACGGGCUCGUUCUGAUAGUACGGGUGGAGACGACCAACGUAAAACGUAG